GAAUUUUUGUAGGUUGCUUAUUUGCUUUUUCUUUCAUAUUUUUUCGUUAAUUGUUGUUGUUAUCUUCAACGAUAGCGUUGUGCUCUGGAGAAGUGUUUGAUCGCAGAAAAGCUUCGUUCUUUGUAGUCUACAGGCGUGGAAGGAAUGGCAAAAAGCUCGUUCAAGCAAGAGCAUGACUUAGAGAAGAGAAGGGCAGAGGCUGCUAGGAUUAGAGAGAAGUAUCCUGAUAGGAUUCCGGUGAGACUUUCAGUGUCUCUCUUAUACAUUGAUCGAUCAUACAUUUCUAAAGUUAUAUGUGAUUAGCAUAUUGUUUCCCUUUCUAUGUUCGGAUCAAUCUUUUGUGUUUGACUGAGUUUAUGCAGGUUAAGUUGUUGUGGUUUAUGGCCCAGCAAUAUGGUAGUAAUGAACUUAUUGGGAUAUAAUGAACUUAUUGGGAUAGCAUCUGGUUUUAAAUGGACACCCUACCCGACUAAAGGAUGGUUAUCAAGUUAUUAUUGUUUGAUUAGCUUCAUGCUUGUGAUAUAUGUUUGCCACUGUUUCAACUACAUGGAGUUGAUUGAGUUAUAGUGACUAUAACAACAUUAGGACUUUGAAUUUAGUUGUCAUUUUUUGGAACGUGACUUUCUGAAACUCGAUUCUUACUGAGUACUUACGGCUUAGAUAAGUAGAUUUGCAUGAUUCAUGUGGCUACGUGCUUUAUGAUUCACAUGGUAAAAAUGACACUUGAGAUGAUGAUUUCCACGCAUUUAUAUUUUUGUGGGAUCCAGGUGAUUGUUGAGAAGGCUGAGAAGAGUGAUAUACCAACCAUCGACAAGAAAAAGUACCUAGUCCCGGCUGAUCUGACUGUGGGGCAGUUUGUGUAUGUCAUUCGCAAAAGAAUCAAAUUGAGUGCAGAAAAGGCUAUCUUCAUAUUCGUGGACAAUGUUCUUCCUCCAGCAGGUGCGCUCAUGUCUUCUGUGUACGAAGAGAAAAAGGAUGAUGAUGGGUUCCUCUAUGUCACUUACAGCGGAGAAAACACAUUUGGAUUUGGAUCUCCAUAAUAGAGACCUCUUGCUGGAUAUUUCAUUUUACUCCUCUCUAUUUUCACCAAAUAUUUCAUCUUCUUAUUAAUUACUAAGCAAGCAAGCCACCUAUGUACUUAUUCUCUAAGGACCUUUGGUCGGGCGUUAAUAUGUACAGAAAACAUAAAAUAAUGUAUAUAAUCUUCUUUCAAGGAUCUAAAAACCUACUUUAGGUGAAUCUAUCACAUCUCCCUCUUG